AUGCUCGCCCGUGUGAUCCACGACUUGUACUAUCUGAAGCGCAUCCACAGCGUGGUGCUGGACGAGAAGCUCGGGCGUGCACUGAAGGCGAAGCUGAGUGCAUUGAACCUACGCGAUGGCCCCUCCCCUGGUCCUGCAGCGCUUCGCCGGUUGGUGGAGUGCUUAGUAUACUUUCAGCUUGAAAGCAGCCCGGUGACGGUGAACGCGAUUGCCCUCGUGCGAGAGGAGCUCCCCCAGAUGGCGGGGAGUCAGCUUUCUCGAACCAUCGCGGCGUGUUGCGCACUUGGUCAACACGACGUUUCUGUGUCUGCCGUAUCGUUGCUGGCGGAGGCGCUGCCCAGCAUGGAUGGCGUGGGAACUGUGCAACUCAUUCAGUCUCUUUCCGAGGCUGGCGUGCGGCAUGAGGACACCUGGUCACUUCUUGCAGAGCACUGCAUUAGACGCAUGGAUAGCUUUACAGGGCGACAACUAUGCCGCAUUAUUGAGUGUUUUUACGAAAGAAAGGUUCAAUACCCUGACUUCUACGUUGUGGCGGAGCGGCACAUUUGUGCCCAGCCCUCGACCUACAUUUCAAUGGAGCAGCUAAACGGCGUCAUCGAGUGCUACCGGGGACUUGGUCUGCCUGUCGUGUCACUUCUUGCCGCCAGUUCCACCCGUUCGGCGGAGGGGUUUGACAGCGGCCUGGUGGCCGUGUCGCCCACGAGGCCGCGGCGGAGUCGCGGCGACGGCGCCGGCUUGGCUGCGGCGGGAGGGGAUGGCCCAUCGAACCAUGCCGUGAUGGCGACCUUCUUGGAGUCGGCGCUGAAGGCCAUGCGGGUGGCGGACGACCCACAGCUGAGUGACAUGCUGCAGAAGUGCGAGGCGAAGCAGGUGAUGCAUCCGGAGAUUAUGGAGGCGGCCGCGCUGCGGCUGGGGGAGUUGCACGCCGCAUCUCCAAACGUUUCCAGAACGACGGCACUCAUCCGGCUUAUGAUGCGCUUUCAGAAACGGGAGUGGUUCACUGCCGCCGCCCAGCCUCUCUCGCGGCUCUUGGACGAGUGCGCGGAGAGCGCGAUUCCAGUACUCGGGCACCGCAUGCUGACGCUGGCCGAUGGCGCGUUGAAGUUCUUCCCCACCGAGACUCAGCCCACGCACUUCUACGCCGCUCUGGUUCGGGAACUUAAGUUUGACGACGUGGCGGCCAGCACGGACGCCAGGCGGCUGCCGCUUCUUGCCGGCGUCAUGAUUUCCCUCCGCGCCUACGGGGGCCAUGAGUUGCUUGAGCAGCACAUGCCUAUGCUUUCCGUUGCGGCGGCAAACGCGCCACUGCGAGUUCAGGUGGAGCUUGCUGCAAUGCUUGCCCCGCUGCCAGCCGCGCGAAGGGUGUUCCUUCCUGAUCUCUUUCACUCCCUCUCUUCAGCGAAAAACUGGGUGCGCAUUCUCACAGCACGUGAGGCAGUGCUGCUUCUUGAGGCUCUCGUGCGUAGCCGUUUGCCGUUCAACGACCUGUUGCUGGUGGUGGUGGAGUACACUAGAGGAAAUCUUGGCCGCUUCGACGCCUCCGAGUUGGUCAAUAUUCUGCUGCAGUGCGCGACGCUGGGGUUUAGCGAUAUUGAGUUUUACUCCGCGACGGCCACGCAUAUCCUGGAGAAGGCCUCAAGGAGUAACGUACAUGAUCUUUGCCUGCUCAUGUACGUUUUUACUUUUGUCCUGAAGGGUGUGAUUCGUGUGGUGCAGCAGAUACUGCCCCGCCUGCGUGUCUCGGCAAGCCACACCGUUCCGCGCGACAUCACUCUGGUGCUGUAUAGUACGGUGAGGCUUGGCAUUACCCGCCACACGGAGGUGACGACGCCCUUCUGCGAUCGUGCCGUGAACAUCAUCGCAUCCUUCAAGGGUGAGGAGCUGGCCAGUUGUAUGACGUCUCUGCGUGCCCUUCGGCUCGACCACGAGGGUCUUCUCUCCGCCGCGGCCCACGUGCUAGGCGCCGAGCUGGCGCAUCGUGCGUCCGCCGUGUCGGACGGGGAGAAGGAGGAGGAGGGCGUCCGCCUCAGCGACGCGCAGAUUGUUACCAUCGCAAGUGCCAUUGUGCAGCUGCGGCGCCCAUUGCUGCGGACGGAGUGGCAUGCCCCCCUGCAGCGCAUCUGCCUCGGUUGCCUCCCCACGGCAGGGCCUGGUCAGACGCAUCACAUCGCCGUCACAGUGGCGGCCCUCGAGGGGGCGCCGUGCCAAGCGGGGCAGUGGGAACAGUUACUGCAGCACGCCAACGCCGUGUGCCAGCGGUUUUCAAGCGGCCCCGCCACGGCGGAGGUCCUCCUCGCCCUCCACGAUCUCAUCGCCCGUGACGGCGCCACCGACGGCAGGGAGGCGCUUGCAGCCUCUCCGCUGCUUGCCCACGCACGGCGAAAUGUGGCGGAUGUUAUGGCCAACGCGGAGGUGCGUGACAGGCUACGCAGCAAAGGGCUCUUGGCCCUCAUCGCCGGCGUCGGCGCGGCGUUCAGCGACGAUGAGUCUGAGCGCGUCUCCUCCCGCGACAUCCCACUACGUGAGUCGAUGUUGCUUCAUCACAAGAAGAUGCGGCAGGCCGCCCCCCGCGGGGGGUCGAAGCGCCUCAAGACGCGGGCCCUAAAGCCAACUUCGGUUAAGGUCGCGGCAAAAGCAAAAUCCAUGAAGAGGAAGGAGGAGGAGGAUGAAGCGGACGGCGGCACGCCGCACGGCCCUAGUCGUCAUCUUCGCGGUUGGUCGGGCAAAACAAGCGCCGCGACCACUGCUGACGAUGCGGGUACGAGCGUUGAGGAUGAAGCGGCGGGUGCGAACGCUUCCCUCCCGCCUUCUAGGCGUGCCGGAGCGAAGAAGUUGUCUAUUGACUUUGGUGUAGAGUCUGAGGCUGAAGUGGAGGAGUUCCACAUUUAG